CCACCGUUCUUUUCUUCUUCUUUCCUUCUUUCCCUCCUCUUCUUAAGUGAUAUUGAAGAUCCCCCGAUCGAGUCGUUCUACAGGGAAUGGAUACAUCAGGUGAUCCACUCUACUAAAAAACAAGAACAACAAAUUAAAAUAUAUAUAAUUAAAUCUGCCCCCAAAAACCAAGUGACAGACAAACUACCUGUUUCUGUUUUCCCUCUCUCAUUCAACUCAAAAUGCACACGGUCGUCUCUCAUAUCCGUCGACGGUCAUCGUUGGCCAGUGGCGCCAGUAAGUUCCAAUCUUCUUAACAGUGGUUGACCCUCCCACACACGUCAUUGCCAUGUUCGGCCCGACUUCUCUCUCCCCCUCAGUAAUCAAUCAAACCUUCGUCCACCAACUCUCCAAGCCCUUUCCCCUUUACCCUCUGGCUUCUCUUCCCUCUUCUCGUCUCAUCUCACUUGACAACGCCGAGCACUAUACCUGACUCCAUCAUUUUUUCCUCUUUCCUUCCCCCCCCGCCAAAUCUUCCGCCGCGGAACACCCCGCCCCGCCCCUCCUUUCCGACACCAUGUCCGCUGACUGGGGCUCCUUUUUCAACGUCACAGGCGCUCGCUCAUCCCUCGAUGAACCCGCCAGAGAUAAGGUGGAAAAUACCAGUGGGGAUGACGAGCUGGUAGAACCCGACCAAGGAAAUGUCCUGUCGCAUAUCAUUUCCCAGCUCCGACCGGGCGCAGACCUGAGCCGGGUGGUGCUGCCUACCUUUAUUCUCGAGCCGCGGUCUAUGUUGGAGCGCAUCACUAACUUCAUGGCCCAUCCGGAGACGCUCCUGCCCAUGUCGACUAUUGACGAUCCGCUCGAACGCUUCAUAUCCGUGGUCAAAUUCUAUCUGAGUGGGUGGCACAUCAAACCUCCAGGGGUGAAGAAACCGCUGAAUCCCAUCCUUGGAGAGACUUUCACCUGCUAUUGGGACUACCCCGAUGGAACACGCGGGUACUAUAUCUCCGAACAAACCUCCCACCACCCGCCGAAAUCCAGCUACUUCUUCAUGGCUCCCGAACAUAAUAUCCGCAUCGACGGCACCCUGAAGCCGCACAGUAAAUUCCUGGGCAAUUCGGCUGCCAGUAUGAUGGAAGGGAUCGCCAUCGUGCGGUUGUUGAACCAUGGGGAGGAUAAGGAAAAGGGUGAACGAUAUAUCGUGACGCAACCGAAUAUGUACGCGCGCGGCAUCCUUUUCGGCAAGAUGAAGUACGAGCUCGGAGAUCACAGCUACGUGCGAUGCCCCGAGAACAAUCUCGUCGCCGAUAUCGAAUUCAAGACGAAGGGGUAUUUCUCCGGCACUUAUAACGCGAUUGGGGGCACCAUCAAGAACGAGAAGACGGGCGAGGUUUUAUAUGAGCUUUCAGGUUUCUGGAACGGGGAUAUGCAAAUCCGAGAUGUCCACUCUAACCACAAAGAUACGCUAUUCGACGCGAGCCACGCCAAACACACCCCACCCACCACUCGACCCAUCGAGCAGCAAGGCGAACGCGAAUCGCAGCGAUUGUGGGAAAAUACCGUCAAGGCGAUCAUCGCGCGGGAUCACGAGGUGGCAACGGAUGAGAAAACGAAGAUUGAGGACCGUCAACGCGAGGAGGCCGCCAAGCGGGCCGAGCACGGCGUGGAGUGGCACCCUCACCUCUUCCGCCCGGUCCACGGAGGACCGGGGGGUCCCGACGAGGGCGAGGAAGACCUGGACUGGAUCAUCAAUGCGGACGUCGAUUCGCACAAUCCCGAGCGUGCCCGCCAGCAGAUCCUGGCCAUUGCACCGAUCCUAGAGGGCCAACCUCUGCCACCCAUCCCGGAAAUCCCUCCGCAUCAUCCCCCGGCCGGUCAGGGGGCGGCUCCGGAGCAAGCGCACACCGAAGCUGCAGAGACAGCACCGCACACCGAUCCCCCGGCGGAAGUCCCCAAUCCGACGCCCGCGCAGGGGCUACAUUGAGAUCAUGAGCCCACCACGCGCUUGGCGAUGGAAACCCUGGCCCAUUUCAUCUGAGGAAGCAAGCGGGGGGGUGAGAAGGCAUAUAAUGAAGCCACAGGCCGACAACAGCAAAGGGUAGCAAUGGCCACGGAACUAUGGUGAAUGAGCAAAACCGGGGGCCAGUCAACCUGCAAGGGCCACCAACCGACCAGGAGAAGGACUAAUAUGAUCCUCUCUUUCGUUCUGCUCUGCGCCAGGAGAGGGUCACCUGCAAGGUCUUGGUUUGGUUCGGGCCAUAUUAUUGGAGCAAGGCCCUCAGGUUUCAACACUGCUGUUAUGGCCAAUCACCCACAUCGUACUGGAUACCCAUUGCUUCAUUGACGCGUUAUAACUUUUUUUAGUACUUAUAGCAUGUGUGAGGGCAGUAUAUUUGAUAGGGAGGAUUUAUAACAAUGGACAUACAUAAUUGAUUAAGUUUUUAAAGGUACUUCCGUGAGAUAGUAC